AUGGCUAAUCGGGGAGGAGGGUCGUUUUUACCCUCAAAUGUCUCGACUCAAGGUUGGCGAAGAGAUGAACUUUAUAUUGAGCUAUGGAGGGUCUCGGCUGGGCCUCUUGUGGAAAUUCCUCGAGUUAAUGAGAAGGUUUUAUAUUUUCCUCAAGGUCACAUGGAACAGUUGGAGGCAUCUACAAAUCAGGAGCUAAAUCAGAAACUUCCUUUGUUUAAUCUUUCCUCAAAAAUUCUCUGUCGAGUAGUUGAUAUCCGGCUGCUGGCAGAGCAGGACUCAGAUGAGGUUUAUAUACAGGCAACUUUAAUGCCAGAAGCAAAUCAAGAGUUACCUACAAUUCCUGAUCCUUCACCCCCAGAGUGUCGAAAAGCAAAAGUCCAUUCAUUUUGCAAGGUCUUAACUGCUUCUGAUACUAGCACCCAUGGCGGGUUCUCCGUGCUUCGGAAACAUGCCACAGAAUGCCUGCCUCCAUUGGAUAUGACCCAGCAGACCCCAACUCAGGAACUCGUAGCCAAAGAUCUUCAUGGUUAUGAGUGGCGAUUCAAGCAUAUAUUUAGGGGUCAGCCACGAAGGCAUUUACUGACGACCGGAUGGAGCACCUUUGUUACUUCUAAGAGACUAGUUGCUGGAGAUUCUUUUGUGUUCUUGAGGGGGGAAAAUGGGGAAUUGCGAGUUGGAGUGAGGCGUCUUGCUCGCCAACAAAGCAGCAUGCCUUCGUCUGUGAUUUCGAGUCACAGCAUGCACUUAGGAGUGCUUGCUACUGCAUCUCAUGCCGUGUCGACUCAAACUCGCUUUGUUGUCUAUUAUAAGCCAAGGGCAAGCCAGUUUAUCGUUAGCUUGAAUAAGUACAUGGAGGCAAUGAACAAUAAGUUCUCGGUUGGGAUGAGGUUCAAGAUGAGGUUUGAGGGAGAGGAGUCUGCAGAGAGAAGGUUUUCGGGUACCAUAGUUGGAGUUGACGACAUGUCUUCUCAUUGGCCCAAUUCAGAAUGGCGAUCUCUGAGAAUUCAAUGGGAUGAACUUGCAUCUAUCCAGAGACCUGAUAGAGUUUCACCAUGGGAGAUUGAACCUUUUGUAGCUCCUGCGUCCCCAAGCAUUCCGCACUCUAUUCCCGUAAAGAAUAAAAGGCCUCGGCCUCCACUUGAAAUUCAAGAUUCUGAUAAUUCAACUGUAACAACUCUACGACACCCAGGAUCAACUCAAUCACAUGAUGAUAGAACACAGCUGACUGUUGCUGCUGCUGAAAUUAAAAGAUUUGAAAAUCAUGCAACAUGGCAUUACAAGCAAACAGAUGUUAGCAGCAAUGAAAAUUCUGUAUCAAGGACGGCAAUGGAGGGCUCUUGGUUAACAUCCCCAAGUGGCUGUGUUUCUCAGCAUCGGUUACAGGAUUUGACAGAUGAUCGUAAAAGCAGUUCUGUUUGGACGACGGUCUUCCCAGGAGCACCAGCAGCACACUUGACAUGUCCAACUCCACGCUCAUCAAAUCCAAAGAGUGACCAAAUACGUGACCUUGGGGAAAAGGGGAGGAAAACUGAGGUGGCUUCAAGCUGUCGCUUGUUUGGGAUCGAACUCAUCAAUCAUUCUAAGAGCCCGAUUCCUCCUGAAAGGUCAACUGAUCAACCAAUGAGCACACCAAAAGAAAUCACUGAUGCAGAGCAGAACUCAAACCAGCCAAAGGUUUCUAAAGAAAGAAAAUUAGGACUCUUACAAGUACCUCCUAAAGAGAUCCAGCACAAGCAGAACAGCUCGACCAGCAGCCGAAGCCGUACCAAGGUUCAAAUGCAGGGGAUGGCUGUUGGACGUGCGGUAGACCUUACCACAUUGGAGGGGUAUGUUCAACUCAUUGAUGAACUGGAGAAGAUGUUUGAUAUCAAGGGAGAACUCCGCCCUCGUAAUAAGUGGGAGAUUGUUUUCACUGACGACGAAGGAGAUACGAUGCUCAUGGGCGAUUACCCGUGGCAGGAAUUCUGUAACAUGGUGAGAAGAAUAUAUAUAUGGUCAAGUCAGGAUGUGAAAAUGGGUUCAGGUAGCAAACUUGCAAUGUCUGCAAUCGAAUGUGACGGGACAGUAAUAACCUCAGAGUCGGCUGACAGCUGAAGCUGGAAGUACAUCGCUUCGAAACUUAAAUAAUCUUUUGGGUUGGGGGGAAAUUGGGGGGCUGUGGUGAGAGUUGUUCAAGUCUUUUGUUGUUUGUCUAUGGAAAAAAAAAACUGGUUCCAAAUUUGAUCGAGAGGGGGGGGGUUGGGUUGGGUUGGGUUGGGUGGGGUUGGGGACACAGCACAGAGAUACAUGAGAUAAUCUUUGGCUCAUUUUCAAAAUGCUUUUGGAAGAGAGGUGAAGAUUAGAAUUUGAAAAACUUUGUUCAUUAAUGAUGAGUGGGUUGGAAAAUGUAGAGGUUAUGGAGUGAGUAGCCUUUGCUUCUUCUAUUUAUGUAAAUAUACCCAUUUUGUCAAAUGUAAAACUUUAUCUUCUAGACUA